AUGUUCUGCACCUCACUACGCAGGCGCAAGGAAUGGGCCCCUGCCAUCCCCCGUCUUCUCCAGACUAGAGAUCCCAAGUUCAGGGAGAGCAAGCUUGACACUCACGAUGUCAACCUGCCACUGCCCAGUCCUGAUGCACCAGGGACACGCUAUCUGCGCUUCCUUCUUUUGUCCCCGGCCGAUCAAGACCCCCGUGCCCGGCAUCUGCGCAUCGAGCGACUCGAGAACCAGUCCGGUGGCGGCGAUGCUGCCAUUAUCUGGUUGGUGGGGGAGGGCAGUGAUGAGUCCCCUUACUUGCAGCUCCUGAAUGAGAUCGUCGAUAUUUUUGAAGUCCCGCUCCUACGGCUGCGAAGCGUCGAGGACCUGCCAGAAACCCUUCACAAAUUCCAUCAGUCAUUCCUCAAAAGCAACUCUAAUCAGCACACCUCGACCCAGCCCAUGAAAGCCGUGCAGACGCUCCUGCCUUAUACCGGCCUCUCGCCCCCAUUGCGCCAGCACACUGCCAAUCUCCUUACCGAUUUGACGAUGGGCUUUGCAAACCUGGCCAACAUGGCAGUGACAGAGACUGGGCAAUCGGAGCUGGUCGGAUACCUCGGCCAAGAGGAAGCACGACGAGUCGUAUCUUUCUGGACACAGGAGUACCUGGCAUGA